GAAGCUAGCAGGGUGCACUCUCUUCAUCACGGGUGCAAGCCGGGGCAUCGGCAAAGCCAUUGCUUUGAAAGCUGCCAAGGAUGGUGCAAACAUCGUGAUAGCUGCCAAGACAGCUGAGCCCCAUCCUACUCUUCCAGGGACUAUCUACACUGCUGCAGCAGAGAUUGAAGCAGCUGGAGGAAAGGCUUUGCCAUGUGUCGUUAAUGUGAGGGAAGAACAGCAAAUUAUUAAUGCCGUGGACAAAGCUGUGAAGACUUUUGGAGGUAUCGAUAUUUUGGUGAACAAUGCAAGCGCUAUCUCUUUGACUGGCACUUUGGAAACAGAAACGAAGAAAGUCAAUCUUAUGAUGGAUGUCAAUGUACGAGGAACCUACCUUACGUCUAAAACAUGCCUUCCCCACUUGAGGAAGAGUAGGAACCCCCAUAUCCUGAACCUCAGCCCACCUUUGAAUCUGCAUCCCAUGUGGUUCAAAAAUCAUUGUGCGUAUACCAUUUCUAAAUAUGGAAUGUCCAUGUGUGUCUUGGGAAUGGCAGAAGAAUUUAGAGGAGAAGUUGCUGUCAAUGCUUUAUGGCCUAAAACAGCCAUACAUACAGCUGCUAUGGAUAUGCUGGGAGGAUCUGGAAUAGAAAAACAGUGCAGGAAAACGGAUAUCCUUGCAGAUGCUGCAUAUUGCAUUUUAACAAAACCAAAAAGUUUCACUGGAAACUUCAUUAUUGAUGAAGUUCUGCUGAGAGAAGAAGGAGUUAAAGAUUUUGAUGUCUAUGCAAUUGUACCAGGUCACCCCCUGAUGCCUGACUUCUUCUUGGAUGCUGAAACUGACAAGACAGCCAUGAAACAAGAAGGAUAUGGUGCUUCCCAAGCGGUCAAGGAGCAGAAGAAAUCAGGUGGAUCCCAGGAUGAAGGAUCAGAUGGGGCUAAGGUCAACACAGACUCUGCUCCAGCCAAGCCAUUGAGUCCUGUUGCAGACACAUUCAGAGUUAUCCAGGGGGCACUGAGCGAAGAGUACGUGAGAACUACUCAGGGUGUCUUUCAGUUUGAAUUAUCUGGUGAUGAAGGAGGCACUUGGUAUAUUGACCUGAAAACCAAGGCUGGGAGCGCUGGUUUCGGAAAGCCUCCUGUGACGGCUGAUGUGGUUAUGAACAUGUCGAGUGCCGACUUUGUGAAGAUGUUCACAGGUAAACUAAAGCCGACCCUGGCCUUCAUGUCAGGAAAAUUAAGGAUUAAAGGUAACAUGGCGCUAGCAAUAAAGCUCGAGAAGAUGCUGACACAGCUUACCUCUAAACUGUGA